AUGGAUCAAAUAAGCAAGUACUGGGACAUGUGGGGAGCAAGCAGCAGCAGCACCACGAGCCCCAUCUCUGCUUGGGUGGCGGCGUACGGUGGCAGCAGCGAGCCGUCGUGGGAGGAGCAGGCCUUUGCGCGGGACGCGGCGGCGCACCUCGGCGGCUGCGUGUGGCCGCCGCGCUCCUACUCGUGCACCUUCUGCCAGCGCGAGUUCCGGUCGGCGCAGGCGCUCGGUGGGCACAUGAACGUCCACCGCCGUGACCGGGCUCUUCUCCGGCAGGGGGGCUCGUCCUCCCCCGAAGACGUGCACGCCCCCAACGACGAUCAGUCACACCCACAGCAAGGUGCUCUCCUGUACAGGGCAGCAGCAGCCUCUAACCCUAGCACCACUACCACGCCGAUUACUACUGUAGCUGCAGGUACUACUACUGCCGGCUCAGCAGCAGCCAUGGGCCAGGAUGGGGAUGCCAACACCAACACCACCACUCCUCCUACUUCCUACUUAUCAACAAUUAUCAAGGAGAGCAGGAACAAGCUCUUCAUGCCCAUGCCAGAUCACUCUGUGGCGGAGAUGAGAGAACAUCAGGCGGCCAUAGAUGAUCAUCAGUGUGAUCGUCAUGACGAUGGCGACGGCGUGCAGUCAGCCAGGAAAAAGAGGAGGCGUUUGGAUCAUCCAUUGGCAGCGGCGGCGGCACUUCUGAUCUUUGUGCAGCCAACGGCAAAGGCCGCUACCGAUGUUUCAGCAUGUGAAUCGCAAGAAGGAAGAGCUGAUCAUGAGUCAAAGGUACCACAAACGACAACCCCAACAAGCCCUAGCUCUAGUUCCCCUCUUCUGGAUCAACAACAGGAAUUAGAUCUAGAACUAAGGCUUGGGACUACUCCAAAAGUUACAUAUGUGGCAAUACACAAAGCUGGCUAG